GUUCUUUGCGUGCGUGUAUGCGACGUGUGGUGUGUGGAUGGGUUCUUUUUUUUCAUUUUUAAAAAAGCACGAUGGAGAUUCAACACGAAUUAGUUUCUAAAGCCGAGGAGGUUGCCGAUCAGGUGUGUUUCUCCUGUCAACGUCAUCGUGACCAGACAAUAUAAUACAACUAAAACAUAUUUAAGCUCAGCAUAUUUUUAUCAGCAUCUGUGGCUCAUUUAUACACCAGUGAUUUAAUUGUGAAUUAUAAUAAUGUGCCAAGUGCAAUUUACCAGUCACUAAUUUAGCAGUCUAACUGUCUGCAGGUUAUGAUUUUAAUUUACGCUGUCUAAUCUGAUCUUCACCUACAUUUGUUUAUAUCAAGACUGUUGUUUAAAUACUUAUAAUAAUAAUAAACAAUAAUGGUAAUUCGCAAUGGAAAACAUGUGCUCCCAACCCUUGCACGGCUUUGUCUCAUUGCCACGUUUCUUGAAGACGGCUUACGAAUGUGGUUCCAGUGGAGCGAGCAAAGAGAAUACAUGGACAUGACAUGGAACUGUGGAAAGUUUCUGGCAACUUUGUUCGUCUUGAUAAAUUUAAUUGGCCAACUGGGAGGCUGUGUGAUGGUAAUUGGAAGAUUUAAGGUAUCUAUUGCCUGUGGUGCCCUGUUUUUCAUAGUCGUACUCCAGACGCUCGCCUACAACAUACUGUGGGAUAUACAAUUUUUAUUCCGCAACCUGGCACUUAUUGGGGCAUUGCUCCUGGUACUUGCUGAAUCACGUGUUGAAGGAAGAUCUUUGUUCGCUGGGGUGCCUACCCUCGGGGAGAACAAACCUAAAAAUUAUUUACAGCUGGCUGGUCGUAUUCUUUUGGCAUUUAUGUUUGUAACGUUGAUACGUUUUGAAAUAUCAUUCAUGCAAAUUACGCAGGAUAUUAUUGGAGGUAUUUUGAUGGUAUUUGUUACUGUUGGAUACAAAACAAAGCUCAGUGCCUUGUUGCUUGUUUUGAUGCUCUCGGCGUUAAAUAUGUAUCAUAAUGCAUGGUGGACUAUCCCCGACCACAGGCCACUCAGAGAUUUCCUAAAAUACGAUUUCUUCCAGACUUUAUCUGUCGUUGGAGGACUUUUGAUGAUUGUAUCACUCGGUCCAGGUGGUGUGUCGAUGGACGAACAUAAAAAGCAAUGGUAGAUGUCUUCUAAAUUAGAUUAUAAUUAUAUUAAUCUUAAAAAAGAACUCAUCCUUGGACGUUGAUCAUAUGUUUCUGUCCACUAUUUUAAACUUGACACGUAAAUCCUCGGAUAUAAAUUAAUUUUAUACUGUAUACUAAAUUUAAAUCUGAUAUUCUAUUAUCGUGGAUUCAAUACAUCGGCCGGGAUAUAAAUAAUAAUAAUAAAAAUCUAAGUAAAUAAUUUUAUUAAUAUAAACUUCAUGAGGUGUGUAAAAAUUUUUAAAAUAAUUGCUGGAAAAAAUUUGUAAGUUUUUAGAUGUGGCUGUUGGGUAAUGAGAGUAAAUAAUAAUAAUUAAAUGCAACUUAAGACUUAUUUAUACAACAUAUUAAUAAGGAUGGUAUUGUAAAUAUUACAGUGAGCAAUUAUCAUUGUACUUGGAAAUACAUUUUUUUUUGGUUAAUAUUUUUAA